GGUGAAAGGGACGGAGCCUGAAGGUGGGUUUGUUGUGGCCCUGGUGAUGGUGGGAUGACUGUCCAGCACUCGUCUCACUCUCUUUUACUCUGCUUCCUGCUGCUGCUGCUGCUAAUACACCAUCCCGCUCUUUCUGGCAGUAAGUGGGAACUGCUGAGGAGCAAUACUGUCCUGCCAGCAGUGUUGCCAUUGAGAGCCCAGGAAGGCUAAUACAUGGGAGUAGACAAGCGCGUGUAGCCAAGAUAUCAACAUGCUUCGCUCGUUGGCCCACGUUUGACGUUCCCAAGUCGAGUUUCGCUUGGGAAUGGGAAAGAGAAGACUUCACAAGGGCUUCAAAAAUCUCUGUGUAGUGCCGGCUGGCGUGGUGUGGGUGCAGGCAGGGCAGCGGGAGCAGUAGUAACGGCAGCCACAACAGCAACGAGGAAACCACAGCCAUGAAUGGAUCUGUAGGAGAACGCGUGGCCAUCUUGGACGCCGGAGCCCAGUAUGGCAAAGUCAUUGACCGUCGCGUUCGGGAACUCAACGUUGAGACUGAUAUCCUCCCUCUUGACACUCCAGCUUAUACUCUUAAGGAAAAGGGAUAUAGAGCUAUAAUAAUAUCCGGGGGACCAAGCUCAGUGUACGCAGAAGAUGCUCCCCGCUACGACUCUGACAUUUUCAAAAUAAAUGUACCUGUAUUAGGAAUCUGCUAUGGGAUGCAGCUUAUAAAUAAGGAGUUUGGUGGAACAGUAUUAAGAAAAGCAACAAGAGAGGACGGCCAGUAUACCAUAGAAGUCGAUAAUUUUUGUCAUAUAUUCAAGUAUAUGGGGGUCAAACAAAAUGUACUGCUCACCCAUGGAGAUAGUAUAGACAAGGUAGCAGAUGGGUUCAAAGUUGUGGCCACAUCGGGAAACAUCAUCGCUGCCAUUGCAAACGACAAGCUUCGCCUCUAUGGGGUUCAGUUUCAUCCUGAGGUUGAUCUGACAGAGCAAGGGGUGACGAUGAUGAGGAACUUCCUCUAUGAAAUCAGUGGCCUCUCAGGGACUUACACGCUUCAAAACCGAGAACUUCAGUGUAUAAAUUAUAUCAAAGAACACGUUGGCUCAAAUAAAGUCUUGAUGUUGGUAAGUGGCGGUGUAGAUUCAACAGUGUGUGCCGCUCUCCUUCACAAAGCUCUGUCAGAGGAGCAAGUGAUAGCUGUUCACAUAGAUAAUGGCUUCAUGAGGAAGAACGAGUCUUUGCAAGUGGAGCAGUCACUCAGAAAACUUGGCCUUAAACUCAGAGUGAUCAAUGCAAGACAUCAGUUCUAUGAUGGAGUAACGAGUAUACCCGUGGACAGCUCUGACCCCAUGGGUAGGAAACGCGUUACCAACCUGUUGUGUAUGACUUUCGCCCCGGAGGAGAAGCGCAAAAUUGUUGGAGAUACUUUUAUCAAGGUUGCCAAUGAGGUGAUUGCCGAGAUGAAUCUAAGAACGGAGGAGGUAAUGUUGGGUCAGGGCACAUUGAGACCAGAUCUCAUUGAGUCUGCAUCUUCGAUGGUCUCGGGUAAUGCUCAGAACAUCAAGACUCACCACAAUGACACUGAUCUUGUCCGGCUCCUCAGGGCACAAGGCAGAGUAGUUGAACCACUGAAGGAUUUCCACAAAGAUGAGGUCCGACAUAUUGGUCGAGAUUUGGGACUUUUAGAAGAAUUUGUUCAACGCCACCCUUUCCCGGGUCCGGGCCUCGCCAUUCGAGUAUUAUGCGCAGACGAUGCCUAUAUGGAGAGGGACUUCUCUGAAACUCAAGUUGUUUUAAAAGUUAUUGUAGAUUAUGCAGCUAGUGUUUUAAAGAAACAUGCACUCUUAAAUCGGAUAGAAAACUGUACGAGUGAGGAGGAACGGCAAGAACUACACCGAAUUUCUCUGAGUCAGACGUUAUAUGCUACGCUCAUACCUGUCAAGUCUGUUGGUGUCCAGGGAGACUGCCGUAGUUACAGCUAUGUGUCUGGGCUUUCCUGCGACUCUGAGCCAGUGUGGGAAGAUUUGGUCAUACUGGCGCGGCUUAUACCAAAAAUCUGCCAUAACAUUAAUCGAGUCUGCUUUAUAUUUGGUGGUGCUGUUAAGGAUCUCGUGCAGGAUGUCACUCAAACUAAUUUAACCCCUGGAGUUCUAGCCACAUUACAACAAGCUGACUUCUUGGCGAAUCAGGUACUGGCGGAAUCUGGAUUCACGGAGAAGUUAGCACAGAUGCCCAUAGUAUUAAUACCAGUACACUUUGAUCGGGACCCAGUUGCACGUUUACCCUCCUGCCAGCGGUCUGUGGUCCUGAGACCCUUCAUAACACAUGACUUCAUGACUGGUAUACCUGCACUGCCAGGCAAACACAUCCCAGUUGAGCUGGUAAACAAAAUGGUUGCAGAAAUUCUUGGAGUCCCCGGGAUAAGUCGUGUUCUGUACGACUUAACCUCCAAACCACCGGGAACAACUGAAUGGGAGUGACCAAUCUAGUACCCGUUAUCAGCCAAUAUUGAAUAGCUGAAGAUAAGAGGACAAUGAAGGAUAUUGUCCUUCCUGUUAAAAAAUCCAUUGGAUGCCUUGGAUGAGUGGAAGAUUGAUUAGAGGCCAAGGUGAACUCAACCAUAACUCAGGUCAGGAUGAGAGCAAAUCCAGCAAUGCUGAGACACGACAGUGUGCAGCAACUUGUGAAUCCGCUCAGUAGUUGACUCUGCCAUAAGUGGAAAGGUAAAGGAAACUGGAUUCUGUGUUUGGCACUUAAAAAGACAUGAAAAGUAUUUUAUCCUUUGAUAAUUUUUUCAGUGACCCAUAUUAGAGAGUUUAUCCAUUAACUGAACAGUGUAUGCCAUGGACAAACAACUCCAACUUCAUCAGUGCUUAGCCUCGGACAGUUCUGUGUACACUACCGGGCAUAUUCCUUGCUGCUCGGCUUUCAUUACUCGCUACCAAUUAUUUACCGCACACAAACUUCGUUCCUUUGCUAACGAUUUAGUACUGAUGAAUCUUUGUAUGUUGGGGCAGAUAUGGAGAGAGGGAGGUUGAGGGGGGGGAGGGAAAUGGUUGGAGUAUGUACUGAAUAGUAGUGCUGGAGGAUACUGGUAGCUCAAUAUAGCUGUGAUGAUGUGGUCAGUUGCCAUCAAGCAUGAAGCAGGUGCUGGGGGAGUACAAGUGAGUUGUCUACCAAGUCAUGCAAGAAACCAAAUUAUUAUUUGUUAGUACAGCAGUCACCAGUUUAUGGAUGAGUUGUGUUGACAUUGUUUCAACUUACAAAUGAGUUGUACUCUUGGUGUUUGAAUUAAUGAAUGAGUUGUACUCUUGGUGUUUGGAUUAAUGAAUGAAUUGUACUCUUGGUGUUUGGAUUAAUGAAUGGGUUGCACUCCUGGUGUUUCAACUUAGGAUUGAGUUGCACUCCUGGUGUUUUCAAUUAGAGUUGAGUUACACUGUUGGUGUUUCAAUUUAGGGUUGAGUUACACUUUUGUGUUUCAAUUUAGGGUUGAGUUACACUCCUGGCAUUUGAACUUAGGAUUGAGUUACACUCCUGGCGUUUGAACUUAGGAUUGAGUUACACUCCUGGCGUUUGAACUUGGAUGGAGUUACACUCCUGGAGUUUGAACUUAGGAUUGAGCUACACUCCUGGCAUUUGAACUUAGGAUUGAGCUACACUCCUGGUGUCUCAACUUAGGAUUGAGUUGCACUCCUGGUGUCUCAACUUAGGAUCGAGUUGCACUCCUGGUGUCUCAACUUAGGAUUGAGUUGCACUCCUGGUGUCUCAACUUAGGAUCAAGUUGCACUCCUGGUGUCUCAACUUAGGAUCAAGUUGCACUCCUGGUGUCUCAACUUAGGAUCGAGUUGCACUCCUGGUGUCUCAACUUAGGAUCAAGUUGCACUCCUGGUGUCUCAACUUAGGAUUGAGUUGCACUCCUGGUGUCUCAACUUAGGAUUGAGUUGCACUCCUGGUGUCUCAACUUAGGAUUGAGUUGCACUCCUGGUGUCUCAACUUAGGAUUGAGUUGCACUCCUGGUGUCUCAACUUAGGAUUGAGUUGCACUCCUGGUGUCUCAACUUAGGAUCAAGUUGCACUCCUGGUGUCUCAACUUAGGAUCAAGUUGCACUCCUGGUGUUUCAACUUAGGAUCGAGUUGCACUCCUGGUGUCUCAACUUAGGAUUGAGUUGCACUCCUGGUGUCUCAACUUAGGAUUGAGUUGCACUCCUGGUGUCUCAACUUAGGAUUGAGUUGCACUCCUGGUGUCUCAACUUAGGAUCAAGUUGCACUCCUGGUGUCUCAACUUAGGAUCAAGUUU